AAAAGAAAAACUAUCAUCCAGCCUACACAUGGCCUACCACUUUUCCUCUUAACCUCCCUUUUCCUACAUUGUUCAUAUCGACAUUACCAAAGCUCCAAAAUUUCCUCCAUAAAAUCUUCUCUAUCGAUCUCCUUGUGAUUCUCCAUUAUCGCAAUGAAGCUUAAACAUCCUCCAACCUCUUCUUCACAGACGUUAACAGCAACGACGUCGUCUCACGAUGCUCAAUUGCUUGUACGUGAAACUCUUCGGAUUAGUGCCGAUCUUGCUUCUGCUCCUCCUUCCCUGCCGUCGGUUGCUGCAGUACCGGAAAAUGUUAGUUUUGGAGUUAUUGAUAAGCAAUUUGUUGAUUCUAGCUUGAGAUUGCUUUGUUGUGAAGAGAUCGAUGGUCGAAGAUGGAAGUAUUUUGCUGAUGAUGAGACUGUUGGUUCUGAGCAAUUGAAGUUGAAGAAGAAGAAGAAGAAUGCAAUCCGUGCUAUUAGUUUGCAUUCUCCACAAGCUCCUGCCGAGGAGUUCAUGGCGUUCAUAAGAUCCUAUGUGGUUCCAGAAGGUUUUCCUGACAGCGUUACGCCUUCUUAUGUACCAUACAUGACAUGGAGGGCACUAAAGCACUUCUUUGGUGGUGCGAUGGGUGUUUUCACGACACAAACACUCUUAAAUUCAGUAGGAGUCUCCAAACAUAGAACUACCCCUGGUGCUGUAGCCAUUAACUGGAUUCUCAAGGAUGGUGCUGGUCGGGUCGGCAAGAUGCUUUAUGCACGGCAGGGAAAGAAAUUUGAUUAUGAUCUAAAACAGCUAAGGUUCGCGGGUGAUCUUUUGAUGGAGUUGGGAGCUGGUGUUGAGCUGAUAACUGCUGUUGUGCCACAGUUUUUUCUUCCUUUAGCCUGUGCUGCGAAUGUCGCAAAGAAUGUAGGUGCUGUCACUUCUACUUCAACUCGUACUCCUAUAUAUAAGGCCUUCGCUAAAGGGGAAAAUAUUGGGGAUGUAACAGCUAAGGGGGAAUGUGUUGGCAAUCUUGCUGAUUUACUCGGGACAGGAUUAAGCAUCUUGAUUUCCAAAAGGAAUCCAUCCUUGGUCAAGACAUUUGCCUUCCUCUCAUUUGGAUAUGUCUUCAGCUCUUACCGAGAGGUGAAAUCUGUUGUGCUGCAUACCCUGAACCGUGCAAGAUUCACAGUAGCAGUAGAAUCUUUCCUAAGGACAGGGAGAGUUCCAACACUGCAGGAUGGAAAUUCAAGGGAAAACAUAUUUAAUUUUCCAUGGAAAAAGCACAGGCCUAUUGUUCUUGGACCCAGAUUUAGAGAAGCUUUCCAAGAUCCAAACUCAUAUCUUGCUGUCAAGCCCAUCUUUGAGAAGGAGCAUUAUAUAGUGACAUACAAUCCUUCCAAAGGAAAUAUAUAUGUGUUGCUCAAGGAUCAAGCUAAGUCUGAUGAUGUACUGAAAGCAGCAUUUCAUGGCCAUGUGCUUCUGCACAUCAUUCUUUCAUCCACCAACAAACAAUCUUCCUCCAGGAAACAACAGGAAGAUGAGCUUUCAGUAUCCUUGCUAUCAACUGCUGAUCUUCAAGCUCAUGUUGCAGAAUCUUAUAAAAUGGUCUCUGCUUUAUAUAUGCCUUUCAAGAGCAAAGCUAAAGAACAGGGUUGGGUGAUGUCGGAAUCACUACUUAAUCCUGGACGAGCUCGGCUUUGUGAAAUGGUCAAAUAAGAUAUGUACCUGUUGGAACUUAUUUAUUGACACAAUUGUUUUGCAUGGCCUCUGAUGGCAUUGCAAAACAUUUGUGCAUCUAGUGGAAUUUGCUACAUGGCGGCAAAUGAGGUCAGAGAUUUGAAGUAAUUACCAGAUGUUUAUCCAGACGUUCUGUGUGGACGCAAUUUGCUACCUGUGCUUUCUAUUUUGUAGCAUGACAGUUUACCUGUAUAUCAGCAGCUAGCUAGCGAUUAGCGUAAGAAAGAAAGUGCACUUUGCGAAAGAUUUCAUUAUACUUGUUUAUUCCACCAAAAUCUUUUUUCUGAUAUUUUCUUCUUUCUUACAUAUAAAUUUUCAGCUUAAUACUCUUUUGUAAUGCAUACAAGUUUUUUUUUUUUUUUUUUUUAAGUGGAAAGGGGUUUGCUUGCCGUUAAGAUACUCUACUACCCCCAGUUUCCUGUUUUUCAUAUUUAUUUGGCUACUGUAAUGUUAUAUCUC